UUUUCUGGGAUUUUUUUCCCCAAUGACCACAAAAUUGUGGACUAUCAAAGGUGUUGAAGUAUUUCAUAUUUUGUAAGUGUAUUUAGCAAAGUUCAUGAUUAUAUGUUGCUCUAAUGAAGUGAAUGUGUUGGCCUAGGGUUUAUUUCCAGUGCAGUAACUCUCAGCUCAGCAAACCACAAUAGACCGAGCCAGAAACUUACAGUAAGAAAGGGGACUCUGUGAGAACUAGUAAUGUGCCCCAGCCGUCUGUUAAAUAUCAGUAAAGAAUUUGUGUACGUGUUGACCUAGAUGUAUGAUCUGAUGACAAAAUGUCCUCCAUAGAGGUACACAGUAGUCAGAUGCACACACAGACAGUUGAGGCUGAGAAGAGGCUCCAGGGAGUAAAUGUUGAGGAAAGCUCACCAUCCAAGCAGAGGCGUCUGUCAACAGACCGAUACGGUCUUCCUAUUUGUAAAGAAUGUGACAAAAUGUUCAAGAACAGCUCCCAGCUUGGCCAACAUAUGUUAGUACAUAGCAACAUUCGGAAACAUAAAUGCACAUACUGUGACAAAACAUUCAAGCAGCUCAGCCACCUUCAGCAACAUGUCAGGAUGCACACAGGAGAAAAACCAUAUGCUUGUAAGCUGGAGGGUUGUGAUAAAGCAUUUGCACAAAUGGCCAACCUUCAGCAUCACAUGCGAAUGCACAACAAAGAUGGAACAAAACCACUUGACCCAAGUGAGAAGCCUUACAAAUGUGAUGAAUGCUUUCAGGAGUUUCACACUCAAAGGGGAGUUAACUGCCACAAACAAAAGGCCCACACAGUGUAUGUUUAUGGAUCAACAAAAGUUAAAAAAGGCCAGAAGAAUCAGUCGCAUAUAAACCAGCUAAAUAUCGUGACGUCCAGCACGCAGCAACAAGAUUACCCGGAGGAUUACACCAAUCACGAGGCCAGAAAGGACCACCACCACAUCCUGAUGUCUAUGUACAAGGGCAAUAACUCUGCUGCCAGGGAACCAGAAUGUAGACAGGAUUUGCCUCCCCUGGCCCUGAUCAUGAAAACGGAAUCACAGGAUAGAAUCAUGUCCCACAACAUUGUCACUUCGGCCAAUCUGGAACUGCCCAACCUCCCGGCCAGCGAUGUGUACUCGGCCUUUCACCAUUAAACUCUGUACUACACCCCUUCCUUCUCGAUUUCCCACCAUAUAUUUCACAGUGACAACACUAUAACUGACUGUUCUAUUUUAUACUUCCAUAGAUCUGUUUUAUGACUUCUAAAUUUUGUGACAUUUCAGAGUUAGUAGAUGUUUGUAUUUAGAUUUCAUAGUGCAAAGUGUCUGUUUUUGUUACGGAACGUUCUAAACAAACGAUUGUAAUUUUUAAACGUGUUGUACGAAAGUACAGUUACCUAUUCCUUAGCAUAUGCAAUCAUGUUUAGGUGCUGUAAUUAGCUCUGAUUUGCAUAGGUUGUGGGCAUGAUAGCUUUGUAUAUGUAAUGCAUGCAUUAUAAAGGUCUAGACACACUUUUUACUUGGCAGUGAAAACUACCACGUUCUGUAGACAGAGAAAGU